GCGGCCAUUUCCGGUUUUGGGGAAGUGGGUGGGGUGAGGAGCGGGACUGGGAGCUGCCGCCGCCUCGGCCACCGCCUACAGAACCUGCCUGGCGCCUGCUGCUGCCGGGACGAUGCGGCCGGGGCCCAGAGGCUGCUGCUGCCGGCGCCCGGUGCGGGCGAAUGGCUGCGUGGCGAACGGGGAAGUGCGGAACGGCUACGUGAGGAGCAGCGCCGCCGCCGCCCGCCAGGUUCAUCAUGUUACACAAAAUGGAGGCCUAUAUAAAAGACCAUUUAAUGAAGCUUUUGAAGAGACUCCAAUGCUGGUUGCUGUGCUUACUUAUGUGGGGUAUGGUGUACUUACUCUCUUUGGAUAUCUUCGAGAUUUCUUGAGGCACUGGAGAAUUGAAAAGUGUCACCAUGCAACAGAAAGAGAAGAACAACAGGACUUUGUGUCGUUGUAUCAGGAUUUCGAAAACUUCUAUACAAGGAACCUCUACAUGAGGAUUAGAGACAACUGGAAUCGACCAAUCUGUAGCGUGCCUGGAGCCAGGGUGGACAUCAUGGAGAGACAGUCUCAUGAUUACAACUGGUCGUUCAAGUACACAGGGAAUAUAAUUAAAGGUGUUAUAAACAUGGGUUCCUACAACUAUCUUGGAUUUGCACGGAAUACUGGAUCAUGUCAAGAAGCAGCUGCCAAAGUCCUAGAGCAGUAUGGAGUUGGAGUGUGCAGCACCCGGCAGGAAAUUGGAAACCUGGACAAGCAUGAAGAACUAGAGAAGCUCGUGGCAAGUUUCUUGGGAGUAGAAGCUGCUAUGGCAUACGGCAUGGGAUUUGCAACAAAUUCAAUGAACAUUCCGGCUCUCGUUGGCAAAGGUUGCCUGAUUCUGAGUGAUGAGCUGAACCAUGCAUCACUGGUUCUAGGAGCCAGACUCUCAGGAGCAACCAUUCGAAUCUUCAAACACAACAAUAUGCAAAGCCUAGAGAAGCUGUUGAAAGAUGCCAUUGUUUAUGGUCAGCCUCGGACUCGAAGGCCCUGGAAGAAAAUUCUAAUCCUCGUGGAGGGAAUAUAUAGCAUGGAGGGAUCUAUUGUUCGCCUCCCUGAAGUGAUUGCCCUUAAGAAGAAAUACAAGGCGUACUUGUAUCUAGAUGAAGCUCACAGCAUUGGGGCUUUGGGCCCUACGGGUCGAGGUGUGGUGGAUUACUUUGGCCUGGAUCCUGAGGAUGUGGACGUUAUGAUGGGAACAUUCACCAAGAGCUUUGGUGCUGCUGGAGGAUACAUUGGAGGCAAGAAGGAGCUGAUAGACUAUCUGCGAACACAUUCUCAUAGUGCCGUGUACGCCACGUCACUGUCACCACCUGUGGUGGAGCAAAUUGUCACCUCUAUGAAGUGCAUCAUGGGGCAGGAUGGCACCACUCUUGGCAAAGAGUGUAUACAGCAGUUAGCAGAAAACACCAGGUAUUUCAGGAGACGUCUGAAAGAAAUGGGCUUCAUCAUCUAUGGAAAUGAAGAUUCUCCAGUGGUGCCUUUGAUGCUCUACAUGCCAGCCAAAAUUGGCGCCUUCGGACGGGAGAUGCUGAAGCGGAAUAUUGGUGUGGUUGUGGUGGGAUUUCCUGCUACCCCAAUUAUUGAGUCCAGAGCCAGGUUUUGCCUGUCGGCAGCUCAUACCAAAGAAAUACUUGAUACUGCUUUAAAGGAGAUAGAUGAGGUUGGGGACCUAUUGCAGCUGAAGUAUUCUCGUCAUCGGUUGGUACCUCUACUGGACAGGCCUUUUGACGAGACUACGUAUGAAGAAACAGAAGACUGAGCCUUUUUGGUGCUCCAUUAGAGGAACUCUCCCUCACCCAGGACAGUGUGUGCCCUUUCUGAGCCAGUUCCAGGAACAACACUUCUGUGGCCAUCUCAUGUGAAAGACACGCCCUCAACUACUGAUGGUGGCCACCUCGACUCAAAAUGGCAUUUUGUAAAUAGUAGAAAACUGCUUCAUACUCUUCCCUUGCUCCAUUUCACCUUUAAAGAAAGAAGUGUCUCGCUUUGCUUUUUUGUCCAUUAAAAAAAAGUUUUAU